UGAUCACAAGCACUAGCCGCCAUGGCCGCGGCUGCCCUCCGAACGGAGCGCGCACAAUUCCAGCAGCGACUCCUGCUCGGUGUCGGCUCCGCAAGUUAGCGCUGAUCACCCCCAGUUCGCCGCAUUUCGGCAUCCGCACAGAUUCUGCCGAGGAAUUCAUGGCGCGCCACGGAGCAGGAACAUCUGUGCGCCGUCGCUGUAUAGUAGUUUGUCGAGCCGUCAUGUCAUGGCGGCGCGCGCUCCUGCUGUUCCUGCUCGCCUCGCCGUUCUUCCUGUGCGAUGCGGACUCGGCGCAGGGCGAGGCCGAGGCGCUCGCGAGGUGGAAGGACAGCCUCGCCCCCGCGGCGGCCGCCGCGCUCGCCUCCUGGUCGCUGCUGAACGGCUCCGCGGUGGCCGCCGCGCCGCCGGCGCCGUGCUCGUGGCGCGGCGUGUCGUGCGACCCCCUCGGCCGCGUCGUGGGGGUCGACGUGGCCGGCGCGGGCCUCGCCGGCACGCUCGGCGCCCUGGACCUGUCGUCCCUGCCCAGCCUCGCCAGCCUCAACCUCAGCUCCAACGCGCUGACGGGGCCGGUCUUCCCGUCGAACAUCUCCGCGCCGCUGCUCAGCUUCAGGUCCGUCGACCUGGCGAACAACAACUUGUCGGGUCCGAUCCCGGCGACGCUGCCGGCGUACAUGCCGAACCUCGAGCACCUCAACCUCUCGUCCAACCAGUUCGCCGGCGGAAUACCGGCGACCCUCGUGAAGCUGACCAAGCUUAAGAGUCUUGUCCUCGGCUCUAACAACCUCGUCGGCGGCAUACCGGCGGUGCUUGGAAACGUCACCGGGCUACGAGAGCUCGAGCUGUCCAACAACCCGUUGGGCGGCACGAUCCCCGCUGCUCUCGGCAAGCUCCUGUCCCUGGAGCACCUCAACGUCAGCCUCACUCAGCUGGAGUCAACGAUUCCAACCGAGCUCAGCCUCUGCACCAACCUCACCGUCGUCGGCCUCGCGGCGAACAAGCUCUCCGGCGGGCUGCCGCCGUCGCUGGCCAAGCUGACAAAAGUACGGGAGUUCAACGUCUCCAAGAACAUGCUCACCGGCGAGGUACUGCCGGACUACUUCACGUCGUGGACCGAUCUCAGGGUGUUCCAGGCGAACGGCAACCGUUUCACCGGCGGGAUUCCACCGGAGGUUGCGACGGCAUCGAAGAUGGAGUUCCUCUCCUUGGCGACCAACAACCUCUCCGGCACGAUCCCGCCGGUCAUCGGGAAGCUGACGAGCCUCGAGGUGCUGGACCUCUCCGAGAAUGAGUUUUCCGGCGCGAUCCCCCGGGCGAUCGGCAACCUCACGAGCCUCAGGGUACUGAGGCUGUACGACAACAAGCUCACCGGCCGGUUUCCGGACGAGUUCGGGAACAUGACGGCGCUGCAGAGGCUGUCGAUAAACACCAACAUGCUGGAGGGCGAGCUGCCGGCGGGGCUCACCCGGCUGCCGAACCUCCUCGGCAUCGUUGCCUUCGAUAACCUGCUCUCCGGCGCCAUCCCGCCGGAUUUCGGCCGGAAUCUGUCCAUCUUCAGCAUGUCGAACAACAAGUUCUCCGGCAGGCUGCCCCCGGGGCUGUGCAGCACGCCGCGCCUCCAGUACCUCUCCCUCGACGACAACGACAUCUCCGGCGUCGUGCCCGCUUGCUACCGCAACUUUACCAGGCUGGUGCGGUUCCGGAUGGCGCGGAACCGGUUGUCCGGCGACGUGUCGGAGAUCUUGGGAUCGCAUCCUGACCUGUACUACGUUGACAUGUCCGGGAACUCGUUCGAUGGCGAGCUCCCGGAGCACUGGUCUCAGUUCAAGAGCCUCUCGUACCUGCACUUGGACGGUAACAGGAUCACCGGGACAAUUCCGGAUAGCUACAGUUCCAUGGCUGCAUUGGAAGACUUGAGCCUCGCAUCGAAUCGUCUAGCCGGCAUGAUACCGCCGGAGCUCGGUGGAUUGCCGUUGCUCAAGCUGGAUUUGAGUCACAACAUGCUGUCGGGACAGAUCCCUCUGGCACUCGGGAACGCCACUCGGAUGCUACGGCUGGACCUGUCCGGCAAUCGUCUCGACGGUGGCGUGCCGGUGGAGCUGACCAAACUUGCCCACAUGUGGCACCUGAACCUGAGCAGCAACAACCUGACCGGGAGAGUCCCGGCUCUGCUCGGAAAGAUGGCCUCGCUGCAGGAGCUGGAUCUUAGCGGCAACCCGGGCCUGUGCGGCGACAUCGCCGGCCUGAAUCCCUGUCGCCUGGAGCCCAUCAGAGGCUCCUCCAAACGCCACAUCGCGAGGCGGCGGUUUAUCAUCGCCGCCACCGCGGUCUCCGCCGCGGCGCUAAUGACCUCUGUUAUGGCCGUGGCGGUGUGCGCUCUGGCCCGCAGGAGGAGGAGGAGGCGGGCUGGUAAGGACAGCACGGACACGGCGGCGAGCGGCGGCACGGCGGCUCCGACGGCCUCCGUCUGGGGCAAGGACGCGGAAUUCUCGUUCGGCGACAUCCUGGCGGCGACGGAGCACUUCAAUGAGUCCUACUGCAUCGGCAGGGGCAGCUUCGGGAGCGUGUACCGCGCCGACCUGCCCGGCGGCCACAGCCUCGCCGUGAAGCGCCUGGACGCGUCGGAGACCGGCGACGCGUGCUGGGGCACCAGCGAGAAGAGCUUCGAGAACGAGGUCCGGGCGCUGACCCGCGUCCGGCACCGGAACAUCGUGAGGCUGCACGGGUUCUGCGCCGUGGGCGGGCACAUGUACCUGGCGUACGAGCUCGUGGAGCGGGGCAGCCUCGGGAAGGUGCUGCACGGCGCCGGGCGGAGCUGCGAGCGGUUCGGCUGGGCGGCGCGGGCGCGCGCGAUCGGCGGGCUCGCGCACGCGCUGGCCUACCUCCACCACGACUGCUCGCCGCCGGUGGUCCACCGCGACGUGACCGUCAACAACGUGCUGCUGGACACGGACUUCGAGCCCCGGGUGUCGGACUUCGGCACGGCGAGGUUCCUCGCCCCCGGCCGCUCCGACUGCACCAGCGUCGCCGGCUCCUACGGCUACAUGGCGCCAGAGCUGGCGUACUUGAGGGUGACGACCAAGUGCGACGUGUACAGCUUCGGGGUGGUGGCGCUGGAGAUCCUGAUGGGCAAGUACCCGGGCGGACUCAUCAGCUCGCUGCACUCGAGGCUGCCCGAGGAGCAGCAGGCCGGCGGGUCGCUGCUGCUCAAGGACGCCGUCGACCAGAGGCUGGACCCGCCCGGGGGGCAGGUUGCCGGGCGGGUGGUGUUCGCGUUCGUGGUGGCGCUGUCCUGCGUCCGGGAGGACCCGGACGCCCGGCCGACCAUGCGGAACGUCGCGCAGGAGCUCUCGGCGCGGAGGCUGCCGGUGCUGGACAGGCCCUUCGCCGCGAUCAGGGUCGCCGACCUGACUGGUUCACGCGGAUAGCGCGCUGCAGGAUUUGUACAGAAGCAGAAUUGUUUGCAAGGACCUCGAGGCUCGGAUUAACUUGGAUUGUUCAGUGAGUGAUUGCAAGUGAAGUGGCGGAUUGAAACUUCGAAGU